AUGGCGGCUAAAGCAUGCAGUGUCCUGAUCACGGGGGCCAACCGAGGACUGGGUCUGGAGAUGGUUAAACAGAUGGUGGAGUCUCCCCGGCCGGUCCACCAGUUAUUUGCCUGCUGCCGAGACCCAGACGGGCCCAGAGCUGAUGUGAGAGCAAAGCUGCUGCUGCUACUGCUGGAGAGAGGAGAUUGGAGUGUUCCUUAUUCCAUCUUGUUCUUAAGGAAACUAUGUCCUUGAGGGCAGAGCCAUGUAUGUAGAGAGUUGGGCCAACUUUUAGAAUGUUGUAUUUUGUUCUAAUUCUAGACAUUCAGUUACAUAGCCUUAUUUAAAUAUUCCCCAUAUAAUGUUAAUGGGGCGCUCACAUGGCUGCCAUAGAAUGUUGUAGGAGUGUCAUGUAAAUGCAUCAUAAUGCAGAAAACCUAAAUGGCCCAACUCUAAGUACAUGGCUCUGCUCGAGGGCAAACUCCACUGAAUAAGAAAAACUAGAGCCUUCCUGGAAGUGUCUGUAAGAGCAUUAUCAUAUGUUUACUGUGUCUAACCAAUAAUGUGUCCUUUGUGUUUAAUGGUCUGCGAAACCUGGCAAAGAAGCACCCCAACGUCAUCACUGUCAUCCGUCUUGGUGAGUACUCGCUCUGUUCCAUUAUUUUGUUUCUUCAAGCUCUAGCACUAGGAUUAUUGAGCCUAUUAAUGGCACUGUUGUCAGCAUGCACUUGUAUUUCCUGUACUGUAUGAAUCACAUGGCAGAGUGCCAGGUUACUCUGAGCUGGCCAUCUGGGAUGUUUGACUGGAUACUGGGGUUGACUAGCCCCAGAACUGUUUGUGCUUUCAGGACAAUUACUGUUAGGGGUGACAAGACAGCACAAACAGAUCAGGGUUUAGUCUAGCGGUUGACUGACUGUUUCUCCUCUGUGUCUCUCAGACGCCACAGACCCCUGCAGCAUUAAGGAGUCAGCCAAGCAGGUGGGCAGUCUGGUGGGGAAGGCUGGGCUCAACCUGCUCGUAAACAACGUGGGGGUGCUGUCUCACGGCAACAUGCAGACCACAAGUACCCAGGACAUGCAGGCCGCAUUCAACACCAACAUCAUGGGCCCCAUGAACGUCACUAAGGUGAGAGCAGAGAGCCAGAGAAACACACACACACAUACAUUUUAGAGGAGGAUAUUUUUAGAGGAGGACACUCAAAAUGUUUUUGUUUUUCCUAAGGUCUGCAAACAAAAGGUGCAGAAUACUGAAUAAUGAUUCAUCAUUUUUGUUUUCCCUGUCUCCCUCUCUGCCCCUGUGGUCAUCAUUAGUAGUUUCUGCCCUUAUCUGCAGGCAGCAGCCACAGCCAAUGGGAAACCAGGGAUGUCCUGCAGUAAGGCAGCUGUGGUCAGCAGUUCCAGCACGGUGGCCUCCAUGGCAACCGUCAAAGAGCUGUAUCCUUUCUUCCCAGCCAUCUCCUAUCGCAUCAGCAGAGUAAACAGACCUCUGUUACCCUGCCUAUUAUAA